GCUCCCCUUUACCAAAUCUAGGUUACCACCACACACAGGCUGUCUGCCUCUACCUCCGGACUGUACCAUCGCAGGGACGAUGGACGCUAACUUAUGAAAGCUGAAGAUGAAUACUUCAUCCCUGACCCACAUAAUGGCGAUAUAUGAGGCUCGGUGAGCGGACAUCUGUCGUGUUUACAGCCCGCUCUUCCGCUGUGCGCUCCCGGCGCGCCUCGCCUCGCCUCCCAUCUUCCUCCGCCUGGACCCGAACCCUCUCUCCAUCUCUCCAUCUCUCCUCCAGAAAGACCGAGAGGAGUGGAGGGGAAAGGAGAAGCGGCACACACCGAGAGAGGGGCGAAGGAAACGUGACAAGUAGCUCCAGAGAGAGAGGUAACUGAAGUGCAGUGCUGAGAAAUCAACGAGGGCUUCCUGCCUGCGAUUCCAACCUGAAGGGCCCUGCGUGAGGUGGCGGACCGAGGAGAGUUCAGCCGGGCUUUUAACUGAUCCGACAGUCCUACAGCUCACCUCCCCUUCACCUUUCAAAUUAAGAACCACCCCCUCACCCUGGGGGCCUGACUCAAGUCUCCCAGCUAUCCCACACCUCCAUCUUCUCAGCUUGCCCUGAUUAAUCCACCCCACAAAACUUCCCUGACUCUGGCCUCCUCCCUCACCCCUCUCUGCCUCGGCGAGUCUCCCCCGGGGUGCUGAGGCCAUGGCGAUACCUUCAGCCCACGAGUUUCACUGGCAGAGCCUGGCACGACUGCCCAGCGGCCGUGUCUACCACACUCUGUCUGAGGUGGGGGGGCAGAUGUACAUGCUCGGGGGCUGCGACGCAGCAGGGAGGCCCUGCCCGGCCCUGGAGCUCUACUCCCCCGAGGGGGACCGCUGGAUGAGCUUGGCACCCAUGCCCACCCCUCGUGCUGGGGCAGCUGUGGCAGUGCUGGGAAAACAAAUCCUGGUGGUGGGAGGAGUGGGAGAGGACCAGAGUCCCCUGAAGGUGGUGGAGAUGUACAACACAGAUGAAGGGAGGUGGAGGAAGAGGAGUGCUCUGCGGGAGGCCUUGAUGGGUUUAUCCAUCACUGUUAAAGAUGGUCGGGCUCUGGCUGUGGGGGGAAUGGGUGCUGACCUGCUCCCUCGUAGCAUCUUGCAGCAGUAUGAUCUUCGGAAGGACGUGUGGGCGCUGCUUCCUCCCAUGCCGACGCCGCGCUACGAUGCCAACAUACAUCUGCUGGCCAGCAAGCUCUACGUGGCAGGCGGUCGCCAGUGUAAGCGACCAGUGAAGGCCUUCGAGGUGUAUGACGUAGAGACACGCUCUUGGACUACGCUACCCAUCAUGCCUUGUAAACGUUCGUAUGGGGGCGUGAUAUGGGACACAACUGGGAGGUUGUGCCUGCUCGGAGGACUGCGGCAGGGAGGAGGACACCAAAGCUCCAAGUUCACCAAGAACAUCAACAUUUUUGACACCAACCAUGGCGCCUGGUUGAAGUCGGAGGAGACGGUGGCGAUGAAAACAAAGAGAGCUGACUUUGCUGCUGCUUUCCUGCGUGGCCGGAUGGUAGUAGCAGGAGGACUUGGUCAUGAGCCCUCGGCGCUGGACACUGUGGAGGCCUUUCAUCCUCAGAGGAAGAAGUGGGAGAGGUUGGCUCCCAUGAACUUCCCCCGAUGCUCCACCUCCUCCAUCGUCAUCAGAGAACGCCUCCUAGUGGUGGGAGGAGUCAACCAGGUUCCCAGCUCAGCCAAUGAGAUCCUGUAUGUAAAAGAAGAAGAGUAUCUGUAGCCUGCAGUAAUUGACACCAGAUGAAUGCAGGAGAUCAGCUAUUCCACUUCCUCUUCUCUGUUCAACCCUCCUGAACCGGACUGUAGUGCUAUAUAGAGGACGCAUUGAGCAAACUAAGACCGACAGAGUCGGAGUGAAAGUCCCUGAUGGUGAUGUGAUGUGACACUGCCCCCUGCUGGGCCGUCCUGACACUGAGCCCCACAUGUAAGCACACACAUGCACAAUGGAGGAGCUGGCUCUUUCUUUAUAACCAGUUAUGUUUCUUACUUUUAGUAUGUGACACUUCUGCGUACGUUGCAGUGCAUAGAGAAACUAUUUUGUAGCUUUUAUGUCUAGUAAUGUAGACGGAAAGUACAUGGAAGACCUUUUUUAUGGCAAAUAUGCAUUUUAUGUUUGGUUUUGUGUCUUUGUUUAUGUCUUUAUUUGUGUGCAGUUUGCUAAUAAGUGAGAAUUUGUACAUAGUGUAAUUUCCACAUAAGAUGACAGGACUGCAAUAUUUGUUUAUUAUUUAAUAUCAUAGCAAAUAAAACGCACCAGGAAGUGAUGUUUGGUUAAACUGUACUGUAACAACAUUUGCACUAAAACAAUUAACACUGAGUGGUAGUUGAUUUUACCAUCAAUAAUUUCUAGUGUAAUGUAGUAAUUACACUGAGAAUGGUAUACUAUCACUCUUCUAUGCUGUAAGCGUGCACAUUAGUGGGCAUGAUCAUGAUAUGAUAUGAUUUAAUGCAUUGCAUAUAUGAAAAGCAUUGCAUAUAUAUUAAAUGACAACGUGUUGUUUCUUUAGGUAAUUGCAGAUUGCUAUUGUAGGCAAAGAAAUUGAUCUUGUUUGAGUCUGUACACAUUUUAUUACUGAAGCAAUACAAGUUGUCUUUAUUUCCAUUUGUGCAACAUGUGCUGUAAUGCUCAUCAGUUAACACCUCACUCAGGUUGUGAUGUUACAGACUUGUUUAUUUGUGACUUCAGAGAUGAUCUACUGACUGCUAUUAUCUUUGCUGUCUUCAUAGUCAAAGCCAAACUCUUGUCUCUUUGGCUCAGGCUGUUGUGUAACAGUUGACUAAGCUGUGAAAUAUUCCAUUGUGUUGAAAAUUCUUCUUCUGAAGAUUUGUAUUUAUCCUACAACAUGCUCAAUCUCUGAUCUGCCCCACACCCAACCAUGUCACGUAAAAUUGAGGAUAUGAGAAGUCAUAUUCAGUGGAAUAAGUGGGCUCUGUAGUAUGUAUUCCACUUGUUUUCCACUAGAUGGCAGUGAUUGCACACAUGAAUCCACACAAGCUUGUGAUGCGUUCACUUACUCAUUAUACUGUCUUAGGUUCUGCAGACUAAAGUGGUAUAAACUGAGAGUAUAAUAUUACAUGUGCAGGUAUGUUUUCUUAGUCAGAUCAUUUCAUUAUUUUCUUUUUUAUUAAUAGAAAUGAUUCCCUCCGCUCAAAAAUGUGCUUUUCUUGUGUUAAUGUCGCCUAGAUUGUCUGAUCUUGACUAUACUGACUUGUAUCUGUGCAAAGUUGGUCACUAGAGAGGUGUCUUCACAUGCUUCUACUGAAGGGGAAGAUGUCUGUGCAUUUCCCUAAAAAUCUGAGAUUCAAACGAAUGUUGGGCAAGAUUUGGUAUGUCGAUAUCGAUUUGAAAUCCACACGCUGACUAAUAUUCAAUUAGAACCUGAAACUUCAGCAGAGCGGAGUGUUUCUAGUUAGGUUUAGCCUCUUUUCCGACCUCGUUAGCGACUUUAUUUCUAUAGAGCGACUAGCAAAAUAUUUUGCGACUUCAGACCAUCAGGCAAGAUAUAUUAUAUUGUAAUUUAUUUUAAUGCAUGCUGCUCAGAGUAAUCAUAGUCUACGGCUCUCCUGCCAACAGCACGGAGUCCCCCUCCCUCUCUUUUUGCGCCGUGAGCAGCAGGCAGUCAGCCAACACAACCACUAGCCUGAGCUUUACGCAAAUUUUAACGACUUUUGGAGCUAGUGCUUUAUAGCUACUUUCAUUGGAAAAGUGUUGGCAACAGUGGAGAGGACUUGUCAGUACAGAAAGAAAAAACACACUGUCAUCGUAGCUGUCAGCCACGGCCAGCUAAGCUAACAAACAACCUAAACGAAUACAAGAUGCUAAGUACACUCACCCAGGGGCGGGGCUAGAGGGCUGUCAAUGUGACAAUUGUGAUUCCCAUUGGAUCAGAGUACUGUCAC